AUGGGCGGAGCUACCAAUCAAAAGACGGCCAUUGUCGUAGGCGCUGGAGCUGGAGGAGUCUCGACGGCCGCGCGACUGGCCAAGGCAGGCUUCAAGGUCACUGUACUAGAGAAGAACGACUUUACCGGAGGUCGCUGCUCUCUUUUACAUCAUGAAGGCUGGCGCUUCGACCAAGGCCCAUCUCUGCUUCUCCUCCCCCGCCUGUUCCACAAGACCUUCGCCGACCUCGACACAAGUCUGGAAGCCGAAGGAGUACACAUAGUCAAAUGCGAACCAAAUUACAACAUGUGGUUUGGCGACGGCGAGAAGUUCCAGCUCUCGACCGAUCUGGUUUUGAUGAAGGAGCAGAUCGAGAAAUGGGAGGGCAAAGAUGGAUACUCAAGAUACCUUAACUUUCUUCGGGAAGCUCACAACCACUACGAACUCAGCGUCGAGCAUGUCCUGUCGCGCAACUUCACCAGCAUCACCUCCAUGCUGCGACCUAGUUUCCUCGGUCGCGUCUUCGAACUGCAUCCUUUCGAAAGUAUCUAUGGUCGUGCUUCCAAGUAUUUCUGGACUGAGAGGUUACGCCGCGUCUUCACCUUUGCGAGCAUGUACAUGGGCAUGAGUCCAUUCGAUGCUCCUGGAACAUACAGUCUCCUACAAUACACAGAGCUGACUGAGGGAAUCUGGUAUCCGAUUGGAGGCUUCCACAAGGUGGUUGAGGCUCUGGUCAAGGUCGGCGAACGUCUAGGCGUAACCUACAGACUUUCGACCCCUAUUUCCAAAAUCACUCUCUCUCCUGACGGUCGUCGGGCUACUGGAGUUGUUCUUGCCAAUGGCGAAACUCUGACUGCUGAUGUUGUGGUGAACAACACUGAUCUAGUCUAUGCAUACAACAACUUCUUACCUCCGACACCUUACGCAGAAUCAUUGGCCAAUCGCGAAACAUCUUGCAGUAGCAUUUCCUUUUACUGGGCCUUGGAUCGCAAGCUACCAGAACUCAACGCCCAUAACAUUUUCCUGGCUGAUGAAUACAAGGAGAGCUUCGAUUCCAUCUUCAAAAAGAACCUGAUUCCGAAUGAACCCAGUUUCUACGUCAACAUUCCUAGUCGUCCUGACCCAACAGCUGCCCCUGAAGGCAAGGAAACACUUGUGGUACUGGUGCCGGUCGGACAUCUCCUUGGAGAACAUGAGAAAAUUACCAAUGCUACAACAGCUACAGACAAGGAAAUUCAACAGAGUAACGCCAACGGGAAGAUGGCAAACUCCAAGUCCGCUCAGGGCAUCAAACCAGCCGAAACCCAGGAUUGGCCAAAGAUGAUCGAACUCGCACGCAAGACGAUUCUUUCCACCAUCGCCAAACGUACAGGCGUUGAUAUCGCUCCCCUGAUUGUUCACGAGAUUACCAAUGACCCCAUCACAUGGCGUGAAACUUUCAAUCUUGACCGUGGAGCUAUUCUAGGAUUGUCGCAUUCAUUCUUCAAUGUGUUGUCAUUCAGACCGGCAACGCGUGCAAGACGAGGUGGUUGGCUAGACGGCCGCUUCGGCGGCGGCAUCCUGGGAAGAAUUGGCGAGCUUCUCUUCAGUGGAGGUAGCAUUGAGCGUCUCUACAUGGUUGGCGCCAGCGCUCAUCCUGGCACAGGAGUACCCAUCGUGCUAGCCGGAGGUCGGUUGGUUGCGGAACAGGUCUGUCAGGAUCUCGGCGUAGAGAUUCCGUGGCAGACCGGGCCAUCGAAGAUUGAGCGAACUGGCAUCCUUGAUCAAGUGCAGACUACUUUGACGCUUGAGUGGAUUGUCUACAUGCUCUUUGCACUGCUCAUUCUUGCUCUCGGUAUCUCUCUGGGAAAGCAAAGUUAA